GGACGGCAGAUAGCAGAUCUGGAUCCUCAUUUUGUCAGCUCCAUGUUUCAAGGCCCACUGCUGACUCCCCAGACACUGCUGGCACGCCUGUUGAUGGUGUCUGGGACCCUGUUGCAGGCAGCAGACUCCAAGUCGCUGCCUUGCUGCUGAUGCAAAACCUCCACAAGAGGUUCCACAGAGCUGUGGGGGCCAUGUGGGCUGCUGAGAUCCCCCUGCUGUUGCAGUGUCUCCAAGGGAAAGAUGAGAGCUUCCCGGACCCUGCAGAGUGGGAGUGCCGUCUGCUAAAGGUACAGCAGUGCUGGGAGGCGCGGUGCAGAGAAGUGCUUGCCUGCCUCAAGGAGCCCUGCUCCCAUAUGAGCCACUGCGGGACAGGAACAGCCUCUCAAAUGCUGCAGCAGAGCAGCUGUACGCCUUUGUGGUGCUGCCUGUUCCUCUCUGUCCCAAGCCCGGGGGGUGCCUUAGGAGAAGAGAGGCAGGCGGCUUUAAUGGAGGGAAUGCUGGGGCAGCUGGGAGAGAGACUGUUCUUGCAGACACUCUCCCCAGAAGUCUGCAGCAACUUGGGAGCAAGGGAAGAGGCAGAGGGCAAGGGAACUUUGGCUUCUCCUGUUCUCCAACAGUUCCUGAGGGCGUCGCUGGACACCAUCAGUGAUGAGGCCUGGAUCGAGGCCCUGAGCUGCGAGCUGAGCCGGUGGCUGAGCAGUUCUCCCAGCAGCUCUGGAGAAAAGGUGGGUUCCCCCUGGCUCUACCCAGCAGUUCAGCUGCAGGUGCCCUACUGGGGCUGGAGCUGUGGCUGGUGCUCUGCCCACGUGGGCUGCUCAUGCUGCUUCCCUGGUCCGUGCCCCCCAGAGGGCCUUUCCCUGCAGUCUGCCCGGAGGCUGCUAAAGCUUGGCCCUGCAGCUGCUCUCAGUGACUCCUAGGAAGUGGGUCCUUCCCACCUGGCCCUCUCCCAGCAGGUCAGGCUGCUGCCACAUCUCGGCUUCUUCCUUCCCUUCCCAUCAGGCUUUCCUGUACAAGGCUCUGGGGACAGCACUGGGAGCUUGUAAGGGAGUCCUCCAUGUCCAAGAGAAGCUGCUGCAGCACUUGGAGGAAGCAAAUGCGUAGGAGCCAUCGGAAGCCCAGGGAAUAAUUUCUCUUCUCAGCCAUGCUGCUGAGGGCAACUUCCACCCAGUCCUGGACACACUCACCGUGUUUGCAUCCAGGC